GAUCAAUAAUCUCGAAGCGGUCGGUUGAAAGUGUGACUCUAUCAUUUGUAUCGCCACAAUCGUUUCGCUCUCGAUCGUGAGCGCACUUCGUCAAAGCGCGAUCUGAAUAUUUCGAUCUCCAACUGUCUGCGAAUCUUUCGCUCACGACAAUGAACUAAUUCUCAUUAUCAAUUCAACCCUGUGAUUCAUUUACGUGCCGAACAUAAUGUGACCGUCGCCAGUGAUCUGUGUUUAAAUUCGAAAAUUGGAACGAGCCCGAAACCUACAGGUGGAAUGUUAAUCACAACUGAAAAACGGAUAUCGAUUUGAAGAUUCUCAUCCUCCAAAUUAUCAAUAAUGUCAUGUUUAACACUAAACAUAUCGGCACUAUUCCUACCGUAACCAGUCAAAUAGUUGACUACAAAAUAAAAGUAAAGAACUUAUUAAGAAUAAAGUUAAAUGAACGAAAGACAAUGCAGAAUUUCAAAUUCAAUCACUUGACCGGUUCCCGGUACGAAAGUAGUGAAGCGCAGGCAACAGCUACUCCUGCAAAAUCACGGUACGUCCGUCGUUCAAUACUUGGAUGAGCGAAAUUCCAUCGAAACGGAAGGCGAUCGAAGGUAAUCCUGGACGAACAUCGACCAGCGAACAGCGAGAAACGUUCGAGAAAAAGUUAUAGCUUCUUGACCGCCGCUAUCUUUUGAUUUAUGCGCAGCAUUGCGGCAGGAAAGAGUUGUCGCGGUACCUGCGCCGAGAAUGUCGCGCGAAUAUGUUGAUAAGCUAUCCAUGGAUACGAGUGUACUUGAAAAACUGAUAGUGCAUUCGGACGAGGUAUUUAGACGGUACCAGAGAGUACGAACGAGAAUAUUUUGAUCGGAACGUGAGAAUUGACCUGAAAUAAGCAUUGCCUCUACGAUUGCCUCGCAUUACAGUAAUGUGGCCACGCUGGCUGCGAGCAUCGCCGGCAAUCUGUGUCGCUGGCUACGAAAAGGAAAGGAAAAACGAGUUUGAAGCUGUGGCUUAGUGAAAUACCACUUGACUUACUUUGUAGUGUUAUAGUUGCAUGAAGAAUGGUUUGAUCUUGUCGAGCUUUGUUUGGACAUAAUGUUUAGCAGUCGAUGGGUGAUUUUCAAGAAAUAAUCGUAAAAGACACAAUGGAGAGAAAGAAGUCCUCGGCCGAGACUGCCAAGGAUACCGAAUACGGAACUGUCAAAUACGAAGAUGAACUGGUAUCGUCAUGGAAAUUUUGGAAAAAAAGAAGAUACGUGGUUGCAAUAUUGGCGUUUUUCGGAUUCUUCACGUCGUACAUUCUUCGCGUCAAUUUAAGCGUGGCUAUUGUCGCGAUGACUGCGGAUAUUGAAAAAGUCGAUGACAACGGAAAUACUUAUACCGAAAAAGAAUUCAACUGGGAUUCGAAAACGCAAGGACUGGUUCUUAGUUCCUUCUUCUAUGGAUAUUUGAGCACACAAUUACUCGGAGGAUGGCUUGGAGCCCGUAUUGGUGGAAAAAGGGUGUUCGGUCUUGGAAUCGCAGCCACAGCUUUUUUUACAAUCAUCACACCGCCACUGGUCAAAAUAAGCGUUUAUAUUUUCAUUGCUUUAAGGAUAAUCGAAGGAAUUUGUGAGGGUGUUACGUAUCCUUGCAUACACGCAAUAUGGUCGCAAUGGGCACCUCCCUUGGAAAGAUCGAAAUUAGCAACCCUCGCGUUUUCUGGAAGUUUCCUUGGAACUGUUUUCGCUAUGCCUGUUGCUGGUAUAAUGGCUGAAUACCUUGGCUGGGAGUCCAUUUUUUAUGUCUUCGGAGCAGCAGGCCUUGUGUGGUUCUUCCUAUGGUGGAUAAUCGUAAAAGAUAAACCGGAGGACGAUCCAUAUAUAUCUGAAGCGGAACUUGAAUACAUCAAAACUAGUCUUGGACAUACUAAAACGGACGAGAAAAUUACUCAUCCGUGGAAGGCAAUGUUAACAUCUCCACCAGUGUGGGCUAUCAUUGCAGCACAUUUUAGUGAAAACUGGGGUUUCUACACCAUGCUCACUCAACUUCCAACAUUUAUGAAUGACGUUCUCGAUUUCAAAUUGGAUAAGACUGGAUACUUAUCCGCCCUACCAUAUCUUGCUAUGACUAUUGUUGUACAAUUUUCUGGACACUUAGCAGAUCACUUGAGGGCGAAGAAAAUUUUGACAACCACGCAGGUUCGCAAAUUAUUUAAUUGCGGAGCUUUCAUAUUUCAAACAAUAUUUAUGACGUGUACUGCUUUCAUUUUUACUCCAACAGGAGUGGUUUUUUGUAUUACCAUAGCAGUUGGUCUUGGCGGUUUCGCAUGGUCCGGUUUCGGAGUAAAUCAUUUAGAUAUUGCUCCUAAACAUGCAAGUGUACUUAUGGGAAUAGGAAACACUAUUGCUACUUUACCUGGUGUUGUUAGUCCUAUUAUUACUGGAUAUAUCGUGCAAAAUAAAAGUCCUGGAGAGUGGCGCAUAGUCUUCAUUAUUGCUGGUACAGUUUAUUUACUGGGAGCACUUAUAUAUGGUUUAUAUGCAUCUGGUGAAAAACAGAGUUGGGCAGAUGAAGAAGAAAAAACAGAAAAGAAGCUAAAACGAUCUUAUGAAAAUCCUGCCAUGGAAGUAGAUAACUUAUAGUUUACAAAAAAAUAAAUUUACUGAAUGACUAAUUCCAGAAACAUGUUGCUCUCAAUUUCAUAUAUAAUAUAUAUGAAUAUAUAUACAUAAAUAUGUAUACACGAGCAAUAGGUUGUUACAUAUUUUUCAAUUUAUCAAUAUUUGUUGCAUAAAUUAUAUAAUUUUAUAGAACAUUCUCUAAACAGUAUUUAAAAAAUAGGUUUUAUGACUAUAAAUCAAUAAUUGAUUUUUUGCUAUGACUGUAUAUUGCAUUUAACAUGUAAGUAAAAUAUAUUAGAAUAUUUUUCUAACUUCAUACUUACAUAACAAUUAACAGGAAAAAUUGAAUUACAACAGAAUCAACAUAUUUUUUGAAAACCUUUA